UGAGCUUAAGGUCGCUAUCGAAGCAUCCUGGGCCUCCAUAACACCUCAGCAGUGCCACAGGCUGAUUGCCUCCAUGCCACACCGCAUUGAAGCAGUCAUUUCUGCAAAAGGAUUCCCGACCAAGUAUUGAGUGCAUAGCUGAUAUAAUUAAUUGAAGCACAGCCAUGAAUUGGAACAAAGGCGGUCCUGGCGUGAAGCGAGGCUUCGGCUUUGGAGGUUUUUCCCUUGCUGGUGGGAAGAAAGAGGAAACAUCCCUCCAUCAGAAAUCCCACGGGUCAUUCGGGGCAUCAGGAUCUGGCAGUGGUGGCUACGGGAAGAACCAACUGCCAUCGUUCUACAAAAUUGGCACCAAAAGAGGCAAUUUCGAUGAGGAAAAUGCGUACUUUGAGGAUGAUGAGGAGGAGUCUGGCAGCAAUGCGGACCUGCCGUACAUCCCAGCGGAGAACUCGCCAACACGACUGCAAAUGAAAUCUGGCGGCGGCUCAGACAGCGAUGACGAUCCCUUAGAUGCAUUUAUGGCCGAGGUUGAGAACCAAGCAGCAAAAGACAUUAAGAAAAUCGAGGAAAAAGCGGCCAAGGGUAUUCGUGAUGACAUUGAAGAAGAAGAUGAACAAGAGGCCUAUUUCCGCUACAUGGCCGAGAACCCCACUGCCGGCCUGAUGCAGGAGGAGGAGGAAGAGAAUGUAGACUAUGACAGCGAUGGCAAUCCUAUCGCCCCCAUAGCCAAGAAAAUAAUCAUGCCCCUACCACCUAUCGACCACUCAGAGAUUGAUUAUCCACCAUUUGAGAAAAACUUCUACAAUGAGCACGAGGAGCUUAGUACCCUGACAGGAAUGCAGGUGGUAGAACUUCGACAAAAGCUCAACUUGCGUGUGUCUGGCGCUGCACCACCGAAACCAUGUACCAGCUUUGCCCAUUUCAGCUUUGAUGAGCAGUUGAUGCAUCAAAUCCGCAAGUCAGAGUACACACAGCCCACUCCUAUCCAGUGCCAGGGUGUGCCUAUUGCACUGUCAGGCCGCGACAUGAUCGGCAUUGCGAAAACUGGCAGCGGCAAAACAGCAGCAUUUAUCUGGCCUAUGUUGGUGCACAUCAUGGACCAAAAGGAGCUGGAGCCCGGGGAUGGGCCCAUCGGUGUCAUUGUGUGCCCCACUAGGGAGCUCUGUCAGCAGAUUCACGCUGAAUGCAAGCGCUUUGGUAAAGCAUACUCUCUUCGUUCUGUGGCGGUUUACGGAGGAGGCAGCAUGUGGGAGCAGGCCAAAGCUCUGCAGGAAGGCGCAGAGAUUGUGGUGUGCACUCCGGGUCGUCUGAUAGACCACGUCAAAAAGAAGGCCACGUCAUUGCAGAGAGUGUCCUACCUGGUUUUUGAUGAGGCAGACCGAAUGUUUGAUAUGGGCUUUGAGUAUCAAGUUCGAUCUAUCUCUAGUCACGUGCGUCCAGACAGACAGACACUUUUGUUCAGCGCGACUUUCCGGAAGAAGAUCGAGAGGCUGGCCAGGGACAUUCUGAUGGAUCCUAUCCGUGUGGUGCAGGGAGACAUUGGAGAGGCCAACGAGGACGUGACUCAGGUGGUGGAGAUGCUGCCAAGCGGCGCAGACAAGUGGAGCUGGCUCACACGGCGCCUAGUGGAGUUCACGUCCAGCGGUUCAGUGCUGAUCUUUGUCACCAAGAAGGCCAAUUCUGAGGAACUGGCCACCAACCUGAUGCAGGAGGGCUACAGCCUGGGCUUGCUGCAUGGUGACAUGGACCAGAGCGAGAGGAACAAGGUCAUCACUGAUUUCAAGAAGAAGAAUCUGCCCGUUCUGGUGGCCACAGAUGUCGCUGCCCGCGGUUUGGACAUCCCGUCCAUCCGCACGGUGGUCAACUACGACGUGGCACGGGACAUCGACACACAUACACACCGUAUUGGCCGAACGGGUCGUGCCGGCGAAAAGGGUGUGGCCUACACCUUGUUGACCAACAAGGACACCGCCUUCGCUGGAGACCUUGUGCGCAACCUGGAAGGUGCCAAUCAGGGCGUCUCCAAAGAACUAAUGGACUUGGCCAUGCAGAAUCCAUGGUUCAGGAAGUCCAGAUUCAAAGGUGGCAUGGGAAAGAAGCUGAACAUCGGUGGGGGAGGACUAGGUUACAAAGAGAGACCGGGAUUGGGUGCCGACACAUCUGAUCGUAGCAGCACCAGCAGUGUGUUAUCUUCCUUGAGUGGCUACGAGGGUUUCAGCAAACCGAGCAGCGGUGCCAUGGGAGAUCGCAUAUCUGCAAUGAGACAAGCCUUCCAGGCUCAAUACAAGAGUCACUUUGUGGCGGCGUCCGGUAACCCGCCUAAACUCAGCACCAAAUCCAGCAGCUCAUCUGGCUGGACAAGCGCUGGCAGCCUGAGCUCAGUGCCCACAGAGUCGCCCAACGGCGCAGAACGGGCCCAGGCUGUCGCUGCCUCUUUUGCAAUACCUGGCUUCACCAGCGCCGGCUCUCUGAGCACAGUGUCCACCGCACAGAGCAGCGUGCCGACGCCCUCCCGGGAACGCAGCGAUCGGGAACGCAGCGAUCGAAGCGGCCGCCACAGUGACAACCGUAAUGGGGAUGAAAGCAAGAGAGAUAGAGAGGACAGAAAGAGCGAGAGGGACAGAGGAGACGAUAGUUUCGCCGUACCAGAGCCGCCCAAACGUAGAAAGAGCAGGUGGGACAACUAACUGUUAGAGCAUUGAAAAUAAAUGCAGUCACUGUAAAACCCCUUCAAGACCGCUUUGUUUGCAGCGUCAAGCAAUACUACGGAGCCCCAGACUUAAUCCAGAGAGGGGAAAAAAUUAAAUUGUGGUCACAAUAUAGACCCCUGGAAAAAAUAAGACCACUCCCCAAAAAUACAUUGGAUUUUUGGGGGAUUACAACGGAUUAUAGUCUGCAAACACUGUAAAUGAUCAUUUAUUUGCAUUUGCAAUUUGGUGGGUAUGCAGUGAGUAGUUGGUAGAACAAAAGAAAUUUGUUGGUAUCCAUAUUAAAUAGCAACAUUUUAAAAUCGAUUACUUUUUUGUAGGUAAUUAUAUUUUCCAGUGCUAAAGAAACACCAAUUUGUGGCCCUGAAACAUGUCUAAUAUGCAGUUUACAAUUGUACACAAAAUGAUAUGGAUAUUAUUCUUGGGACAUUUGGGGAAGGAAAUUGAGGACAUCGACACAAGAAUGAAAUGAGUUUACAAUUACAUAUUAGCACAAAUAGUUUAAAAAAAAAAAAAAGAUGAAGAUAAAGUCGUGUGAUCUGUCAGCAGAUGAGAAACCGUGUGACAAAGUACUAAACAUAAGCUGAAAUAAAUACAUGGCAACAGCACACUGACCAGAACAUUUGCUUACCUGUAGUUUUUCAUUAUAAUAAACACACAAAUAAUUUCUGUCAACGCUAUAUUGUGCCCAUCAUUUACAUUUCUUUCCCCCCAUGCUCUAUCUUGAAGCUCCUCUAUAGACAUUAGCUUGUGUUGUGCUCCUCUUGCUUUCAAACUGGACUUCUGGUGUGUGAUUUCUCUAUUUCUUUAUUAAACAAAGCUAACUGUGUUGUUUGUUAAUACUAUAGAAAAGAAACCCCUGUGAUGAUAUCAGACACUCUGGUUCUUUUUCUUGUUUCUGAGUCAUGGUGAAGAAGUGCCUUCCCUGGCAUGAAUCUCUUCUGUACGCUUUUCACUAGUCUUUCUUGUGUUUAUUUGUUUAUACAAAAUAAGAUGUUUUGAU